AUGCUAGUGGGACCUGUGACUAUGACAAUUUCACAAAUAACAUUGGCAGCUCCAGUGCUGACAACAAAUGAAACCAUCACAAGCAGCCCCACGUCUUCUUCACCUAGUGCUACAUCACAAACAACACAAGGUACAACAAAACAACCACCAGCAGUGACUUCAGCAGCAAGUACAAGUCUCAGCACAACAAACACUACACAAGCAAGUGGAACACAACUGGCACAAAAUGAGAAUUUGGGUGCUCCACCUACUACAGGUCUGUCUUUUUCUUCUACGGUCUCUCCAGAAAGAAAUACUUCUGCUUCUGGAACCUCAGGUAAGCCUUCCCAUGAGGUCUCAAAUUCAACAAAGACAACUUCUGAAAGUCCUAAAAGCAGUUCUGGAAACCAGACUCAGACAGGGAGUGAUAUCAGCUAUUCUAAUGUUAUCUUGCCAAUUGUCAUCACCCUGAUAGUUAUUACCCUCUCUGUCUUCUCACUGGUGGCUUUGUACAAAAUAUGCCAGAAGAAAACUCCAGAGAGACAAGAGAAUGGUGCUGAACAGGCCCAGUCAGAUAAAGAAGGAGUCAAACUUCUUUUUAUGAAGACAACUUCUCCUAAGACUGGUUCUUACAAAAUCUGUGGUAAUAAAGCCUAA